AUGCCAAGCAGCGACGACAUCGAGAUGCUGAGUCCGAUUGAAGAGAAUGAAGAGAAGGAGCUUGGUCCGGACGAGCAGCAGCAGGAGCACAGCUCGGAUGAACAAGAAGACGAAGAGAUUGAUUCCGAUGAAGAGGAGGAGCUUGGGCCUCUAAAGCGCAAAUGGCCCUUUGAUGGUGAGGGCAGAUCGAGAGAUGUCCCCCUUCCAGUCGGAGCUACGUCGAAGAAAAUCAAUACUAUUCUGGCGCAAGCCGAAGCAAACGCGGGUGAAUUCACCUUUGGUGGAGUGGCGGACACUCUACCAGCGGUACCGGGGCUUGUGCGCAAAAGCUGGCAGCUCCAGCCCGACCGUGUACAGUUCAAGAACCCUGUGUGGCAGACUGGAAUGGAUAAGCUCGCACACACUGUCGCUGAACGUCUGGGUUACAAGUCGGUUUCGAUGGAGUGUAAGCUGUACAAGAUGUUGGUGUACGGGGAAGGAGGCCACUUUCUGAAGCAUCAGGACACCGAAAAGGAGGACGGUAUGGUGGCAACGCUAGUGGUUCAACUGCCAAGUACGCACGAAGGUGGUGAUUUGAUAAUCUAUCGCGGUGGAGAAGUGAAGCACCGACAUGAUUUCGGUACGAAGGACGGUACGGCGGCGUAUUUGCCGCACUAUGCGGUGCACUACGCGGACGCGGAGCAUGCGCUGGAGAAGGUGACGAAGGGCUUUCGCCUCGCUCUAGUUUACUCGCUUUGCCUCCCGCUUGCAAUGCGUCAUCUCGAGAGAGACCACGAUAAGCUCAUGAGUGAAGAACUCGCCGAUGCGAUCCGCACGAUGGGACCUGAAGAGGAAUCGUUUGCGCUGCUGUUGGCGCACGAGUACACGGAGAAGAGCGUUGGGGAUCUAGGCUCGGGCGCUCUGAAGGGCAUCGACCGAGCUAGAUUCAUGGCGCUGGAGGAUGCAAACGCUGCCGUUGAUGCUGUCAAGAAACUGCAGUUUUACAUUGCUAAGAUGACGCACGAAAUUGAGUACUAUUCGGCUGACGGAUAUGAGCGUGGAGACUGGGAAGAAGGUCGGCGUGAAAGUGUUAUUACGUGGUUUUCUACGUCCGGGCAUCAGUUUGGCGCGAAGAAGCUGACCAUGAAGAUGAAUUUCCUGAAUCUGGGAUUCGAAACCUUUUACGAACUGUGGCGGACGCACGGAACCAGAGAGGAACAAGGUUUCAUGGGGAACGAAGGUCCGAGUAUGAACACUACGUACUCUCGCUACGCGGUAAUUGCCUGGUCGGCCGCUAAGGGUGUGGAGAACGCGUUUAAGUUCAUCAAUGCUGAGGCUGGAGAGCCAAAAACCUGUUACCGCUGUGAGAAGGCUGCAGUCCCCAUUUUUGUGAAGAUGCUGGACUCGUUGGACUGGAGCGACGUUGGGGAAGCGUGUCUGGAAUCGUUCGGCCAACUUGGCGAUUUGAAGACUGUAGCAGCGGCUCUGCAGGUGGCUGACGGGUUGGAAGAUGGCACUGCACCUAAGAACGGACUGAUGGAGCUAGCCUUGGAGAAUGCUGUGAAACGUGAUAGGAUCUCGUACUCGGUCAAGUAUGCCAUCAUUUUCUGGAAGUGGGUUCUGCAUUCCAGUGACAGCCGUGCAUAUGACACGUUGGAUGCCCAAAACCACGCCGCUAAGAUGAUGCGCGCGAACCAGGAGGAGGAUGAUAACGCGUUCGUGACCAUCACUAAGACGAGAGGGUGGUUUGCGUCGCGCGAAAAGCUGGUGCAGCAGUACAAGGCGGAGCUGAAUAUCCUGGCGAAAAGCUUCGCUGAUGCUGUUGCCAGCAGCCCUCGCAAGCGAGCCCGACCAGGUCAAUAA